CACUUUUUUAGGGCCAGGCUUAGGGGGAAACCUCUGAUGAAAAAAAUUCCACCAGACGGGGUGCAGAAACCAAUAACCAGGAUGAAGGGCCUGGUGAGGAGGCUGCCAGGGAGGGCACAGUAGGGUGUAUGGGGGCAUGACAGGGGACAGAGGGUACAGUAGCUACUAAUAUGGAAACCACGGCUGGGUCCAAAGCAGCUGAAGGGAGUUUUGGGGUCUCAGCAUGCACAGCACAUGAAUCUGGUAACUCAAAUGGUACAGAGGUCACAGAUGUUGGGACCUCCACCAACCCAGAAGGUAGCGACAUAGGAGCUCUGAGCUACAACAUAUGUAUAUGUAAAGGGACCAAAGAUUUGGGCAGCAAAGAGGGUAAAGAACUAGAGGUGGCACAGGAAGUGGUGAAAGGGAAGGACAUAAAACCCAGGGAAUAGCAGAU